UGCUUUCAUUAAAUUACCUAAGAAAUGAAAAUAUAUCUAAAAUCCCUGAUGCUAAGAAUAUUCCAAAGCUAAAUCCAUGUCAUAUUUGCAAAGGAGAAAUUCUAACACACCCACCCCAAGCAUUCACAAUAUUAUCUUGUGAUCAUAUACUCCACCGAACCUGCCUUGAAAAACAUAUUAUACGCACAGAAUCACAAAGCCCCAAAUGCCCAGUUUGCCCCGAAUCUAUUGAAACAAUUAGAGAAGAAUUUGCACAUGCUUCUGGUGAAUUCCAUCUAGUACGCAAAGACUAUGACUCUGUAAACAAAGCAUCACAGAAACAGGUAGAUAAACCUUCCAUGCAAGACCAGGCGAGAAGCUCUAUUACAGAUGAAAGAAAUACUAUUGUCACUUCACAAGUUCGGUCAGAAGGUCAAACCUCUCUAGAUGAAAACACUGAAAGUCAUACACAAACCCAAUUAAGACAAUCGUCUCCAAAAAUUUUCCAUGAGCAGGAUACAUUGCAAGGUUUGUUGAAGGAAUUAUCUACGCCCAUUAAGGGGGAGUUUGCCGAAAUUAAUGAUGAUUUUGUAGAGGGUUUUGAGAAUUCUAUAUCAAAAAAUUUA